AUGGCUCCUCUUAUCCUCCACAACGUCCCAGAUGACGAGUGCUACGUCGGCGACGACGGCGUCAAACGGCCUUAUGCCAUGAUCUUCAACCAACACGACGGCCACCAGGGCAGCGCGCGCCCCCGCCGCAGCACCGCCGAGACAGGGUCCUUUGGCAAGUCAACGCGCCGCUCCCGCUCCCGCACCGGCACGCCCGCGCGGUCCCGCGAGAACCCGACGCUCGCGGCCGCCGACAAGCUGUUUGGCGACUGGGUGUCGAACCAGGCCGCCGCCCCGCCGCCGCCGUCGGCGGCGGGCGCCUCGCAGCGCAAGAUGAGCGGCCUGGUGCCGGACGAGGCGGCCCCCCUGCGCGCGGCCAAGUCAUCCCCCGUCGAGCUGAUGCUGCGCGGCUACCGCUCCUCGUCGCAGCAGUACGCCGCCAUUGCGCACUACGAGGCCCUCGCCGGGCCCAUCCUCGAGGACUACCCGCGCGAUCCGCCCGCCGCGCAGCGUCGCUACAAGUCGGAGCUGCGCGACCCUGCGCUGACGCGGCGCCGCACCCUCGCCGCCGACGAGCGUGCUCUGGUGAACCGCGCCGACGGGGGCGAGCACUGGGUCAAGGUGACGUUUGAGAGCGUCGAGGCCGGCAACGCUGCCGUCUUUGCCAGUCCCCAGCGAGUCCUCGGCUACCUGGUGCAUGCGGAGCCCUACAGAGGCCUGCCCCCGCCUAGGGACGAGUCGUGUCCCGACGUCGACAGCUUGGAGGGAGGGCACAACCACGUCGAGCGCUCCAACAGCAUGCCCGCGGCCAUGGGCACGCCUCGCAGAAAGGGCCCGAUCGGCAUGCCGACCACACUCACGAGCCGCCUCCUCGACCUCUCGCCGCCCAAUUCACGCACCUCGAGCCAAACCAUGGACACCGCCACGAUAACCCCCUCGCACGCCUCCUCGGCAACCAUAACGGAGCUCGUCCCCCCGCCGCCGCCGACGGGUGCCGAGCCCGUCGAGAUGACCAACGACAGCAUCUUCUGCCGGCGCAUCCCGACGGCCCGCCGCGCCCGUCUGCUGCCCGCCGAGCAGGCGCUCCUCCCGCAACAGUCGGUCAUGCAGCGCAUCGUGGGCGCGAUUCCCUUUGUGCGGUGGUUCAGCGGCAGCAUGAUUGGCAACGAGGUGCCGCGCACAGAGGCGGGCGAGUUUGACUGGGCGCGCGCGAGCCUCUACUGGAAGUUCAUAUGGUGGCUCGACGCUACGUUUGGCCUCUUCAGAGGCGACGUGUAUAGCGUCGACAAGGACGAGUAG